CGCAGCUGCCUUCCUACCAUUACCCCCAGCCAUCGCCAGUCUCUAGUCAUACAGCGGAACGAGAGGGUGUACACUCUCACUCGUAUUCUCCUGACUCUCGUUUAUAUUUACGGGAGGAUCGCGUGGAUUCAUGUCUUAUUAGUAUGGAAUUGUACAGAUGACUCAACCAGUGAACACAUCAUCAGGACAAUAGCUAGAGCAGUCCUGGAAGUGAAUUUUAUCAAAGAAAGAGAACUAUCAGUGAAAGUGCAUGCACAGCACGGCUGUCUGAGUGUCGUGUUAGAAGAAGGCUGAAUGGUCGACACAUUUUGUGGUCGUUAGUAACCACUGUGAUGCCUGCUUUAUGUAUUGAAGAGUACGCUGUUGAACCCACUGUCACUUGUUACACAGCGGGCCCAAUAUUCAAGAAAAUGAAGGUCCUCAAAAAAUUCAAGAGACGCAUGGGUCUCGCUGGUCGUGGUUCAUCAUCUUCUAAUCAGCCUCCCUUGACGUUCCACCCAGUAUGUGGCGACAAUGUCCGCAUUAGCAAUGACGGCAAAGUAGCCCGUCGUGCUGAAAGCUUCUGCAAAGGAAUUGCCUUCUCAGCACGUCCCAUCAAAGUUGGUGAACGGGUGUGCCUUCGUCUCCUAGAGGUCUCCACAAACUGGUCGGGAGUUAUUCGCUUUGGAUUCACAUCUCAGGAUCCUGCUGGACUGCGAGAUGCUCUACCAAAGUAUGCAUGUCCAGACCUCACCAAUAAACCUGGCUACUGGGCCAAAGCUUUAAGUGAAAGAUUUGCUGAACAGGGUAGCAUCCUCUUCUAUUAUGUUGAUUCAACUGGUGAUGUGCAUUUUGGCAUCAAUGGAGAGGAACGGGGUGUAUUUUUUGGGGGUGUGGAUACACGCUCUCAGCUUUGGGGGCUUUUUGAUGUGUAUGGGAACAGCACUGCAGUUGAAUUUGUGGAUCCUCUAGCACAACUCAAUAACCGUGUACGUAUUGUUAAUGAUCUCAGCCCUGGUUCAUCAACAUCCAACUCCAGAGUCCUGCCACAGGCUCAGUCCUCUUCCUCACAGCAGGCACCGUUGCAGCAGCAACAAUCCCAACAACCUCUACCACAACAGCAACGUUUAGAUUCCGGUGUCGAGAGACUACAACCGUCCAUGGCGCAGCUGGCACUUACUCCUCGCUCCCCUGAUGCACUUCCCCUACGGCACCAUGCUCAUACUGCAUUUACACCAUUGCCCUUCCACCGCGUCCGCGGUCGCAAUGUGCGCAUGAACAAUGACCGCACAGUUGCUGCACGCACUGAAACUGAAUAUUCACAUGGUUAUGUAUUUACAGCACGACCUUUACGCCCUGGCGAGAAGUUGGUUGUUCAGAUUCUUCAAACUGAAGCCAUGUAUGUUGGUGCCCUUGCUUUUGGUUUAACAGCAGCAAACCCAGCUGGUCUUGAGUCUGCUGAUCUUCCAGAAGACUGUGACCUUUUGCUAGAUCGGCCUGAAUACUGGGUUGUGAGUAAGGAUGUAGCUGCUUCUCCUCAGGCUGGUGAUGAAUUGGCCUUUUCUCUGACCCAUCAUGGUGAAGUAACCUUCUCCCGCAAUGGUGCAAGCCCACAGAUAUUUAUGCAUGUGGACCACACACUCCAACUGUGGGCAUUCUUCGAUGUGUAUGGUAAUACUGCAAAGAUACGCAGCCUAGGGGUGACCCCUGAAUCAACAUCACAGUCUUAUUCACAACAGAAUG